GAUUUGGGAGCUCCUGCUCGCGCGCAGGGAAGUGAGUGUGCAGUGCAGGGACCUAGCUCUGGAGCGAGAGAGAGAGAGAAUUACAGCCCAGCGGAGCUAAACUUCCCCCGAACUGCUGCUGAACUUCAGGACGUUUGGAGCCGCGGGCAUGAGCGGAUCUGCGGGUGUAAGAAGCUGAGAUCAGCCCGCUGUGCUGAGACCGCGCUGCCGCUCUCUUUCUCUCCUGCCUGCGCUGCUGUUUCAUUGCUGCACGGAGCGGAGGAGCUGAGGAACAGGGGAAAGCAGAAGUUCGCACUCGCCCGGGGGCUCAGCUCUGCGCUGCGCUGCAAGAAUGUCGCAGAAAGAAAGACCCAAGUUUUAUCGGCAGGAGGUGAACAAGACGAUAUGGGAGGUGCCAUUGCGCUAUCAGAACCUGUCUCCUGUGGGCUCUGGAGCUUACGGAUCCGUGUGCUCGGCCGUUGAUGAGAAGAUGGGUUUGAAAGUCGCUGUGAAGAAGCUCUCAAGGCCGUUCCAGUCCAUCAUCCACGCAAAAAGGACAUACAGAGAGUUACGACUGCUCAAGCACAUGAAACAUGAAAACGUGAUAGGCCUGCUGGAUGCUUUCACACCUGCCACCAGUCUGGAAGGGUUCAAUGAUGUGUACUUGGUGACUCAUCUGAUGGGUGCAGAUCUCAAUAACAUAGUGAAGUGUCAGAAGCUCACAGAUGACCAUGUGCAGUUCCUUAUCUACCAGAUCAUUCGAGGACUUAAGUACAUCCAUUCAGCAGACAUCAUUCACAGAGACCUGAAGCCUGGAAAUUUAGCAGUGAAUGAAGAUUGUGAACUUAAGAUCCUUGACUUUGGUCUUGCACGGCAUACAGAUGAUGAGAUGACGGGAUAUGUGGCCACCAGGUGGUACCGCGCUCCAGAGAUCAUGCUGAACUGGAUGCACUACAACAUGACAGUGGACAUUUGGUCUGUUGGCUGCAUUAUGGCUGAGCUGCUGACGGGGAGGGCGCUAUUUCCUGGCACUGACCAUAUAAACCAGCUACAGCAGAUAAUGAGGCUGACAGGAACCCCUCCUUCCUCUCUAAUAAGCAGGAUGCCUAGCCAUGAGGCCAGGAAUUACAUUCAUUCCCUUCCAAAUAUGCCUAAAAGGAAUUUUGCUGAUGUAUUUAUUGGGGCCAAUCCUCAAGCUGUGGACCUUCUAGAAAAAAUGCUGGUUUUGGAUACAGACAAGAGGAUAACUGCGGCCGAGGCGUUGGCCCACCCCUACUUUGCCCAGUACCAUGAUCCAGAUGAUGAACCGGAGGCAGAUCCCUAUGACCAGAGCUUUGAGAGUCGAGAGCUGGACAUUGAAGAGUGGAAACGUUUGACGUAUGAAGAGGUGAUUAACUUCGAGCCGCCGAUCUUUGAUGGAGAUGAAAUGGAAUCGUGAGACCUGUGUAGGACUGGAGCCCAACUUCAGCCCAGUCCAGCCUGUCUGCAUUUUACAAUUAACACUGUGUUUCUUUCUUUUUUCGUUCUUUUUUAAAAACCGUUCGCUAACCAGACAGUAUAAUUUUAUGAUUUCUUCUUUUUUUUUUAAAGUGCCUGCCACUUUACGUUUUGUCUUGCUCUUUUGUAUAUAUUUAAAAUACACACAGAGUCAUAUAGUCUUUUGCAAAAGUGUGAGCACCCUUGGUAAAAAUACACAUAAUUCUUGAUUUUCUAAGUGAAGAGUGCACAUUCUCACAUGACUGCACAUUUUAAUACACAAUGACUGUUUACUUGCUGAAUUUAAAAUAUUUAGAAAAAUAUAAAUAUGCAAAAUGAAUGAAAGCAUUGGCACAUUUGAGUAUUAUUAUUUUUUUCCAGUAUGUGACAUUCAACCAAUACAUAGCAACUGGGCUCAAAAGGGUAAAAAGGGAGACAUUUUAACGAGAGAUGUUUUAUAUUAGGAGCAAUGAAUAGAGUUUAUUAGUAUUUGUUUUAGUCCAUAGUCCUGUUUCCAUUCACUCCCCACAAAAACCACACACAAAAACACAUGGCAAAAAAGAUUUGCUGCUAAUCAUAAACUACCAGCCCAGUAGUCUCAAGAUUCAGUUAUUAAGGAUUGGACAGGUGUCUAAACUGAUUAGGUUUGGGCAAAGUAUUUGAUUUUAUUUGUAAAAAGAUUGUGGCAUUUCAUCCGGAAGAAUACCAAACCAUCUUUAGUAUAAAACUUUUUAAUAAUACAUAAUGUUUCCGGCACUGAAUAAAUUACCAAAAUGUUUAUUUGCCGAUUCAUCAUUUGUAUGGGGAAAACAGGCUUUUCUCCUUUCUUUUUAGUAGCAUAUACAGCUCUGGAAAAAAAAAACUCUUAAUGAUUUUACCAAAUUGAAAACCUCUGGAAUAUAAUCAAGAGGAAGAUGGAUGAUCACAAACUAUCCAACCAAGCUGAACUGCUUGAAUUUUUGCACCAGGAGUGGCAAAAAGUUACCCAAAAGCAGUGUGUAAGACUGGUGGAGGAGGACAUGCCAAGAUGCAUGAAAACUGUGAUUAAAAACCAGGGUAAUUCCAGCAAAUAUGGAUUUCUGAACUCUUAGAGGCUCUGUAUAUUCUUUGUUCUUUCAGUUUGCUAUAAAUAGCAAAAUCAGAGAAACUGAUUUAGCAACAGAAGUGACCUCUUAUUUUUUUCCAGAGCUGUAUAUGUACAUAUCACACUAAAACAACAACAAAAAAUAAUUGAUAUACAAAAGCUAGUCAGGUUACACAAAUCAAACCUUUACACACAUUAUGGAUAUGACAGUCAUGCCAGUUAUUUUUAAUAGGAAAAAAUUUGAACACCACCCACUAUUUGGUUAAAUGUCCCUGUUGGUAGGAUAUCUGACCACUAUCCUUGGCAAAACUGGUAGAGUCCAGUUUAUUUUGUUUCCUGGCACAGACCCAACUCUUAAGCACAACCCCUAAGUUUUCAGUAGGGUUGAGAUCUGGAUGUUAGGAAGGGGAUUCCAAAAGAUUAAUGUUAGCCUACUUUCUUCGUUCCACAAUCAUCUUUAAUGUACUUUUGGGACUGUUUAAACACCCACUUCUGUUCAAGUUGAGCUCUGGGGUUCCCUGCAGACCCUCAGAAACCAGAAAGGGCUUUUCAAUCAGAUGAUUAGCUGGAUCAGACCCACAUGGACUCUGCAGUUGUUUAGAAAUAAAAAUUAUUAGUAUUUUCGGCUAUGUCAUACCUUAAUUCUGCACCAGAAUAGUAACUGUUUGUUUAAAAGAAAGAAGUUCAUUAUAUGGGUCAUGAUGUUCAUAUCCAAGAUAAGGGUGAGUUCCAACCACAGUUGUACAUGUGUGACACAUGCAGCUUUUGUCUGUGUUUAUUUGAGUUGAGAAUUGGGUCAUUUUUGACCAGAACAGAGACGGUUAGAAGUAUAUUUUUAGCGUCACAUUUAGAUGUUUUGCUAGAUGAUGCUCAGAGAAAAUCAAAUUGGAGAAAUUUAACCCUACAUGUUUCUGAGCCCAAAUAGUAACGUUAGAAUAAACCUUAAAUAAAACAUGCAAUACUCCACGGUAAUACUUCAAAAGUUAUGAAUGUGUUUUUCCCUGUUUGUUUGUUUUUUCUUUUCUUGGGCAUCAAUUAGGCCACGUGUAAAUACAUUCAUACAUAUGCAUGGAUACCAGUUCUAGCCUUGUAAUGCAUUCAUUACAACAUUUUUAUUUUCCUAUUUUAUGUUUCAUUCAUCACAAAAAAAAAGCUGUGUGACUGUAAGAGUGAGUGAGCCAGUAAGAGAGAAUUUGAGCACAUGAUGUGAAUAGGACUGUUUUUUGAUCUGACAAUAGAGAUAUUAAAUGAAUGUCAAUAUCGUACCAGUGUGAAAUAUUUAUAUACUGCUGAGGAGGGGUGUGAACUGGCGUGGCUGCUUCUGUCGUCUGCUUUAUUUCCUGUAUCACACUGUAGAGAAUAUAAUCAAAUACACAUUGUUUAUUAAAGAAAAUAAAGGCAGAUAUUUUUCAAAUGA